AUGGCAAAAGAUCAGGAAUUACUUCAGGCGGUAAAAGCAAACGAUCUUAACGCAUUCAGGAAGAUAGCAGCGAAAAUAAAAGCGGCCAAAUCAAGUAAGUGCUUUUCUUAACGCAAAUAUAUCAAAGAAGUUUAAUUCCGGUGUUUCCCUUUUGAUAACGAAUUCAAAAUGUUCGACAUAAUAACCCCAUUCAUUUAUAUUUAACGAGGGUCAUCGCAGAAGUUUGCUGGUGGUGACUAAACGUCAUUAUAGCCUUCGUGCUCUUAAGUAUCGUUGUCUUUUCACGUUAAAUCUGGUUUGUUUCGCAACAUUUCUCGCUCACGUUCGUGUGUCUGAAAGGUGAUGACGGAUUCUUAGUCGCCUUCAACAACUCAAGCUGUUUAUUUUGAGUAACCAUUUGUACAUUAGUCAUGCUCUUAGAAACAGUAAUUUAGCCUUUUUGUGAAACUACGAACCCUCCAUUAGACAAUCUUACUAUCAUGACUACAAAUUUUGGCCGAUCGGAAAUUUUAUUAGUGAUUCAAUUCUUGUUUAUUGUCGUAGAGAAUUUGGGAAGGAUAUUGAGGCCGGAUGUCAAAUGCACGCCAAAAAGCGAAACAAUCACAUAUUUAGCACGAAUUUCCUCUUUCAUUUUGAUAACAUUACAAAGGACUUGUUCAGAACCUUGUCAGGUGGUUGAUUAUAAAUGUAUCUACUUCUUAUCUCGCUGAAUGCAAGCCUAAGUGACCAAAGAGAUACUUGUAUCUUGAAUUCACAUGAUUCGAUAUUCACCUAAUGACAAAAAAAAUAUUAUGUAAGUUUUUAAGUGAUCCAAUUUGUUUUCCAGUCAUCUGAAUGCAUCUUCGAAUAAUGCUUGUCUACAAAUUUGCCCAUUUGUUUAUUUAAUGGUUUGCAAAUUAUCAGUGAAAUAGUUUGCUUUGUAUUGGGAUUAUUCCUUUCCAGACAUUUCCAACUGUUUUUUUUGUCCUCGUAGCAGUAAAUCUAGACAAUAUAGCACAGAUUUUUAACAUGUUGCCUGUUUUUUACUUUGCUUGUAUGGGAGACUCACAUGCUCAGACCCAAAAACAGAUAUAGAUAUUGUAUUUAUAAAUUAAUAAACACAGUGCUAUGUAUAACAACUUAAUUAACAGGAUAGUCUAUAACUUAAUUGAGAAAAUCCUAUUCGACAAAAGAAUGAUUCUUUAAAAUAUUUAAUGAUAAACUUAUUCCUUUUUAAAAGAAAUCUGGUAGAUGUGUAUUAAGGCAAAAUUGAUUGGUGAUUAUCUUCAUUUGUGACACCUUGCUGCCCUUUUAGAAAAAUUAUGUGCUAAUAUGGUAAAUUAAAUUCAGUGAGGUCAUUUAAGCUGGUACAGACAUAAUUUUUUUCUGAUAAAUAUUGUUAUUCAAAUAUGAAAAAAAAAUUGUGAUGAAAAAAAAGUAAGGUAUGAAGCAGUUCCUACAUCUCUUGGAUGAAAAUAUUGAGCAAAUUUAAUCUUUUCCUCUCCUGUUGGACUUUCUAAGAUGGGUUUAAAGAUAUAUAAAAACUGUGGAUUUACAUGUACUUAUAAAUUGAUGUAUCAUAUUAUACCAAUAGAAAGAUUUCUCCAAAAGUAUAAGAAUGUGAUAUUCAUUUACAGUGCACUGUAGAAAUGAUCCAGCUAUUGUUAUUUUAAUUAGUGCAUGAGUAGAAACACCAUGAGGUGUCAGAAACUUUAGUGAGGUUGCGUUAUAGUAUAGCUCAGAGGUACUUGGCUCUAAAUUCACGCAAGAAGAAAACACGCACAUAUGGUGUAUUAGAUUCAUAACAAGGGAGAGAUUCUGAUGUUGGUGACAUUACGCGGUUUUGUCCCUAGAGUUUAUGGCUCUACAGUAUAUCUGCGGUUUGUGAAUAAAAAGUGCUAUGAUUGUUAAUGAAAUAUUUUUAUUUAAAUUACCAUGAACAUAUGUUUUUCUUCAGAAAAAGGUGGCAAGAAAUACAGUGUAAAUAUUCAAGAUGAAGAAGGGUAAAUACUUUUGUUUUAUAAUUUGAAAAAUACAGUUUUAUGUGGUCUUAAAUUCUAAUAAUACUUAUAAUUCUAGUUGAAGUAUAUACUGAACCACUUUGAUUACAACAAGCUUCUCAGUUUUCAAAGCUUCUUUGUUCUUUAAUUUGUGAGAAGUGGUUAAUAUGUCUGUCAAAUUACUUGUUUCGUUAAUUGUUUUUAUAUAUCAGCUCUAUGCAAUUUUACCUGAGUUGUUGACUUGUUGCUUUUUCAUACCCAAAAGUUCUUUGUUUUACAAAACAGUAUAACGCAUAGGAAACUUAUAGCACUGGAUUACAAAUUAAGGCACUGAAGUCUCCUUUUUUUUCAUCAGUACAUGCAUAAAAAUUGUAUAUGCAUCGUGUACUUCCCUGCGUCUGAGCAUAUGAGAUGUGCAUGCACAAUCAACUUAUACAUGAGGGGUACUGUAAGUUGUGUUUCAUUUUUUUUUCCAGAUUCACACCCACUCACCAUGCAUGUCUUAUAGGCAGUAGUGAAAUUGUCAUAGCACUCAUUGAGUUGGAAUGUGAUGUCAAUGCCAAAGAUAAGAAAGGUAACAAUUAUAUUAAAAUACUGAUGUUUUAGCAAAAUAUUAUGAAUGUAAACAAGGUUGUUAGUUUCUAAAGAAACUGCUGCGCUGCUUUGGCUGGUAGAUGAAACAAUUGAUAUGUUAUAAACUCUAGGUUGACCAUUUGACCUCUAUGAAUGACUAGCAUCUAAUUUAUCCUAUGUUAUCACCCCUAAAUCAUACAUUUAAGCCACAAGAAUAGAGGAAAUGACUACCAACUAAAGAAGCUUUUGAUUGUUAAACAAAUUCUCCUUAUCAGCACCUUAGGAAAUGUAAUAAGAACAGUGUGGAGAAUAUGGAUACUGAUGUUAGGGUGUAAGGGGUUGAUAAAGGAGGGUAUACUGCCUAAUUAACCACAAGAGUAGCAUUAUCGAUCUCUUUUUGUACAUGAAGUCUCCCCUUUGUUCCUUUUUAACUCUGUCCUACAAUUAUAAUAUUCUAUAGUUUAAAGGCAAUUGGAAAUAGUUACUUAUUUUUUUCCUCUAUUGAACUGUUAUUUUUUGUCUUUCUCGUUUUGUAGGAAUGACUCCCUUGCAUUUAGCUGCCUGGUCAGGAAAAGUGGAAGUAGCAAGGUUGUUGUUAGAGGCUGGAGCAGAAGUCAACAGUUGUUCACAAAAUGGAGACACACCUCUUAUUUUAGCCUGUCAGCAUGGAAACUCUGAUGUGGUAAGUGCACAGAUUUAUCUUUCUGUAGCUUGGAGGAGAAGUAAUGUACAGCUUGAAAGACUAAUCAAAAGUGGUCCAAGAAGACUGUUCAUAGCAAGGUUUGCAAAACCUGGAAUGAUCUAGAAAAUUCUAUUUUAAAUAUUUUGCUUUCACAAGUGGCUGCAGCUAUAAAUUGAAAAACCAAUUUGAUCUGGAAAAAUUUCUGUAAUAUCUCACUGAAACAUUAUUGUGAAAGACCAAAAUUGAUCUUAUUGAGAUAUUUGAUCAUCAAUACAUGUACAUGUAUUAUUCCAAUGAAACCUUUCCUCAGUUGGCUCUUGGAAGCCAACUUAUGCGCUGUAGAAACGAUUUAUGCCAAUCAACCAGAAAUUAUGUUUUAACCAAAAUUAAUAUUUCUGAGGUUUGUAAUCUUUAAUAAAUUCCAGUGAGAGCCUUAGCUCAACUAGUUUUGGGCAGUCCACUUAUGCACUGUAGAAAUUAUAAUAUUUAUUUUCCUCAGUUGCUUGGAAAAUGUGUAUAACUUCACAUAUUUUUUUAAGGAGCCAGUCUCAGUAAUGUUAAUGUCUUGCAUACAUUUUCUACUUCCCUAGCAUCUGAACUCCCUAGACCCAAACAAUCUUUGUAAUGAAUUCCUUUUGUAGGCUGAUGUGCUUUUAGACAGGAACUGUAGUACAAUGACAGUUAAUAACAAUGGAGAGGCAGCUUUGGACCUUGCCUGCAGAUUUGGACAUGUUCAUGUGGGUACCACAUUUCUAACCUGUUUUUGUCUUCACCUCAAAAUUCCAGGAGCAAUGGAAACACAUUCUCCCUUCUCCUUGUAAAACCAGUACAUUUUCUAGCGAAUUGGAUCUAUGUAUUAGUGAGAGGGUGGUGUACUUGGUAUACAUGUAACCUUGUUACAGUAAUGUUGUUUAAGUAAAGAGAAUUAGCAAAAAUUAUAAAAAAAAUGGAGAAAGUCAAUGCAGGAUGCUAACUCUUCAUCACUAUGUGACUGCAUUAAAAAAAACAAACAAAAACAAAACAAACAAACAAACAAAACAAGGGGGAUGAGACAUUUGUAAAUUGUAAAUCAAGUUAAAUUAAUUUAAGUCAGUUCUUAAGGCAUAUGGAACUAUUUUGAUCUUUUCAUCAUGAGGGCUUCAUAAUGCAGAGGGAAGGGAAUUCUGAGGAGAAACAAAUUUAAAAGAGUUUCUCACCUUGAUAGUUAUGCAGUUCUUGUAGAUGGGCUCUCUUUGUGAUAAAGUGUUCUUUGGUAUGGUUGCACCUAGGUUGUUGAACUGUUGCUUAACACCAAAGAGGUGAGGAGUGCAUUGGCCACUGGUGCAGUGCGUAAAACUGAUCCACCAUUGCAUGCAGCUUCAAAGACAGGUCACGUAGAAAUAGUCAGGUAAGAUUUCAGGUAGCUGUUGUAAGUUUUGUAAACUUUUUCAUGAUGUCUUAGGGUUUUUGCCAUGGCUACAUUCAAUUAUUAUCACUGUUAUUAUUAUUUCUAUUAUUGUUAGUGUUUUUAACACCAGUCGAUUAUGAAAAAGUUCAGCUUCUUUUUUUAAAAAUUCCACUCUGGCCAUCAAGAGAUGAUAGAAGUUCCUGGUUUUUGGGUGCUCCUUUCAAACAGUACUAGUCAUUUAUAAGAUUUUUUCAUAAUCCUCUUCACAGAAUGUUAUUAGAAGCUGAUGCAGAUAUCAAUCAAGUUACCAGUAAUGGUUCAUGCUUACAUGAAGCAGCUCUCUAUGGUAAAACAGAUGUGGUCAACAUGCUCCUUGAUGUAAGUAAAUCAGUCAUUGCAAUUUGUUUAAACAUGUUUCCUGGCCACAGAGGGAGAGAAUAAAGCUGUCACAAACCAUAUGGAAGUAGCUGUAAUCUGUUUGGGCUUAUCCAGGUUUUAAGUAGAAAAUUAUAGAGUUUGGUAGAGUGUUUAUCAAAAUUCUUUAGAUCAGCAGCUUAGGAGUUUGAGAAGUUUUCUUAUUGGUAUAGAAGAGGUUCAUUUUGCCCCACCCAUCUUACUGUCAGUAAAUCAAAAAGUUGUAAAAAGAAGUUGUGGAACAGAUAUCGUAAAUAAUGCCCUGAUACAUGUAAAUCCUUUACCCAGGAACACAAUUAAGUGAUUGAUGAUGAUGCUAAACGUAUUAUUUGUUAUGUGUCAUUCCGUUUUAGUGGGGUAUCAAUGCAGAUAUACGAAAUGAUGAAGGACACACGGCACUUGAUAUGGUUAAUCUUUUCACGAGUUCAAAAGCAUCAACAGCAAUUAAAAAACUGUUAAAAGGUAACUUGUUUCACCAACACUUAAGGCUUGGUUUGCAAGCAAAGAUUCCAAUUUCUCCAAAACUAUAGGGUUUGAUUUAUUCAGCGUUUUGAAAAGAUCUAAAAGUUAGAGGAGUUUUGGGACAACUACUCUCUCUUUUAAUGACCAGGGUUUUUUUAGAAAAAAUUUAUAGAGGACAUCGGGACGGACGGGAGCAUUGUCCUUUGUAGGGUUUCAACAUUUACUUAACUGUGAUAUGACGUUCUUUGGAUGAUAACCCGUUCGGAUAAAUAUUCGGCAGUUCUAUUCAAAACAAUUAUCGUUUGUUUACCUGUUUUAGACGCAGCUUCUGCAGAUAGCACUGUGUAUGCCAAAGCCGUUAGGGAUCAUUUCAACGUGAUGGACUCUACAGCCCUUCCGUUCAAGACUGGAGAAACAAUCAUCGUAAGACACUGAAAUAUAGCACUUUUCAUUUGCGUUCUCUCUUUUUCUUUUGCACAGUCCACUUGGGUCUUUCAGUGUUAGAAUGUUUUGUAUUGUAGUCUAAUAAGUCAUACACCCGCCUUCUCGUCAGAAAAGGAGUGGAACCAUGACGAGCCGAGUUCAUGAAAAAUUAAUGUUUUAGAUCACUAAGUGCCAUUGUGCGAUAUUUUAAGCAGGAAAAAUGAGUUAAGUAAGUGCGACGGCGAUGAAAUGUAGUUUCAUCAAUAAUGAAAUUCAAUAACCGGCUUGAGCGUGUAACCUCUCCCUCCUUCUACAUCGAGUUCUUUAACCCCCCCCCCCCUCCUCUUCAAGAAAUCUCCCCCUCUUCUUAAAGAAAUCUCCACGUAUGGAAACCUUGGGAAUGGAUAAGCCUUGCUUGAGUGUGGGGGUGGGUACUUGGGCUUAUCAGCGCGUUUGCAGUGUACGUGCUGUAAUACUGCGCUAAGAACUCAAGUUCAGUCCGAGGUUAUUAUAUCAGAAUGUUGAUCUGAUCUUUCUUGUUAGUGUUGAUCGUGGAAAUUAUAUUUUAUCUUCAUAUGAAUGAAAAGUUGUUAUAUUUAGAAGGAUGUGGAUAACUUGCUGCACAUCUGUGUGUUUUUAUUCUGUUGAAUGUUUAUUUUAGGUGCUUGAACAAAACCAGAAUGACCGAUGGAAAGGGAAAAUAAAAAGUGGAGAUGUAAGGUUUUUUCAGUUUUAUGACGUUCAGUGAAUUUACUUUUUACUUGAUUACGGGGCUCUUAUUGUGGCGUUUUAUUCCAGCAUUAAUCUCAUGUGGGUAUAUUACGUAUAAAUGUUAAACGUACUUGUACAAGUAUUUGUCGUGGAUGCUCUCAGGAUCGUUUGGAAAAGGUCAACAUUGUUAGCGACAAAGUAAUUGAAAUAUAGUUAGUUUACAUAAUUUCCAUUUGAAAUUUCAGAGGGAAAAUAUUGGAUACUUCCCUGCUAACUUUGUGAGGAUUACUGCCCUAAGAAGAGGCUCCAAUGGUUAGUACAGUAAAGUAAUUCUAUAUGCAAAAAGCACGUGGGCCUGUAGAUACAUCAUGCCUGAUUUUCUCUCGUAUACCUAAAAUCCAAACUUCUCAUGUAGUCAAAUAAAGUUAACCUGAUUCAUUCAAUUGAAAGAUCGACGUUUGAAUCAAUUACGUUCGUCUUAACUGAUUUGACUUUUCCCAAGAAUUCAGUUCCGCUCAAAAUUGAUAUCAAGUGACGUUUUCGUCUAUUUGUGUUCUUACUUUCAGCCAAGAAGUCACCGAAUCGUAAGGAAGCUGGUGUAUUACCGACGGGAUCUUACGACAUGAUCGCACUACCAUCAGGUAUUUAUUAAACAGUGGCUCUAAGGACUGAGGUUAAAUAGAGAAAGACAUGUCUGAUUAUAUAAACUCUAGUUGUCCUCCUUCUUUUUGCCCACUGGCUACUCGCUCCAACCAACCCUGCCCCCUUCCCACCCCACCGCCCGCUUCUCCGGCAUUCGUUCUCAUUUUUGUCGUAGCUGUACUUGCAGAAGUUCAACACACGCUAUUUUUAGCCUGAUCAAACCCGAUCUUUUUUAUGCCAGCAAUGGGUUCGUUAAUGAGCUUAUAGAUUCUUCCAGUAACAGCCGCACAUUUUAUAAAAAAGCAAACAAUUUAAGAGAACUAUGUCAAUAAUCAGCUAGCCGAUAUAUCUUGAUGAGCUAGGUACAGCCGUAAUUUUAGGUUAGUUUUCCUCAUCUUACGUCACAAAGUAUGACGGGCAGGCAACAGAGAUAAUCGAUCAUUGGAGCUUCGAGUCAAUUGUAGUUUUACUUUUCUUUCUAGUUCCAUCCUCUCCUGGUUUUCAGAGAAACUCUCCUCGACUAAAAAGUUUUGGUAAAAAAGAUCACCGCUCUCGAGGUGAUCAAGACGUGGAACCUGACAAGGUGCUGGUGGAACCAGUUUUAUCUGUCAAAGGAGUCAAAGCUCAAAAAGGAUCAGUUAAAAUGGCAGCUGAUCCAGGCCUGCAGUAUGUGGAGGUUGCGGUUGACAAACCUCCCUCGUCUCCUCCUCAGGCCUUUAUAGCGGGUAACAAAUUGAACAACAAAACGAAUUACGCUGAGGUUCGUUUACCAUCAUCAAAUGGAUUAGUGGAAGAAGUCAAUGAAAGCGAUGAGGCGCCACAGCUACCAGAUAAAGAAAAUAAAACAGCAAGUACCGCAAACGAGAUGGAAGAUAUCUGGGUUCGAAACACGUCUACUCCCCCGCCUUCUUUGCCACCUAAAAUAAGGGAACUUGCAAAAGGCGCAGCUCCUAUUGUUGCAUGCGAUUCGAUCGAGCCAGGUAAUAAAUCAGGAAGGCCUCCUGCGUCUCUGCCACAUCCCGCGGGACAAUCACGUGCAGAGGGUCCACAUCAUGCGAGCGGUACGGGUCUUGAUACUGGUCAGCCUGCGCGGCGGGUCGCAACUCCCGAAUUGUCGCGGAAAGGAUACGAGGACAUGAGUUUAACUCCAGCGUCUGGGGGUCGAGCGACACCACCUAGUGAAGACAUAUGGAAACUUCAACCUCAUGAUAUAAGAGAACAUCCUCCGAAGCAAGGGCUUGCUUACGAGAACGUGCAACUGACGCACAGAGCGAAGCCGCCUUGUGAUAUGCAAAGCAUGUUGAUCUGUAAUGUCGACCAACCAGUGGGAGUAGGUGUGGGGGCGGACGGUUAUGUAGUUGUUAAUGGACCUUCUUCACAAACAACAAAUUCCAAAGGCUACGAAAAUGUUGCGUCAAAUGCGCCCAAACCAGUUGGACCCGAGUACGCGAACAUUUCGAAUAAAGUAGCUUACCUGGCUAUGACGGGCGGUAUGUCUGCUGACUCGACAUCAACCAGAACAAGUAAACAGGCUCCAGAUGACGACAAUGAAGACUCAGAUAAUGGUAAAGAUAACAUUCUCAGAGAAGUUGAUCCUAUUCGGGUUUACUUUGAUGUUAGUUUAUUCCGCUUUGUGAUUGUGUAAAAACACGCGCUUCGCUUCCAUCCAAUCAGAUGCAGAAGUAAAACCAACCGCAACUUGAUCCUUCGCAUUUCCCCGCUCUUGGUACCGUUUCUAGUUUAUAUUUUAGGUUAUUAUAAGCUCUCUGUAAUUUUUCUCCUCACGAGCUGGCGCUAGCUACCUUGGCUUUAGGGGAGAGAAGAUUGAGACGAGAUGGAGUUUGUCGCGCCUUUCCUGCGUUUUGUUUCCAGUGUAUGCUCAAAGGGACGCACAAGAGAAAAAUAGAGAAAAACCGAGUAUUAUUUUUUCAAUGGUGUUAAAAAUAUAAACCGGAAAUAUUUUAUCACCUACAAAACCAAGUAAAAACAACCAGGGAUUUAAGCAGGAAUCUAAGCCUAUACUAGCCAUCUUUUUGUGUGUGUCUUGAAGUGUGUUCUUUCUAAGAAAUAGGCAUGUGAAUCGUAACCUUUUUGGUGACAUCUCUCUGUAGAUGAGGGUAAAGAUGGAAUGGAUUAUGAGCUGAUGAACAGCCGCCCUGUUCCAGUGAACCAUCAGUACGUUAAUAUCGACCGACAGGGUAUGUACAUUAAAAUUAGGUAUCCCUUGCAAACGAUUUAACGAUUGGAUAUCCAUUCAUUUUUAAACUCCUUGCACACCGUCUCCUCCAAAUUUGUCAGUCCAGAUCUGUUUCGAGUCACUGAAUUAUGGUGCGAUCCAUUCCCCGACUUUGUAUUCGAAGAGGCUCAGUGAAUCCUCUUAUGACCAAGAUCAGAUUUGUAAAUCUCCCUUCUCGCUGUUACACAUUUCUUUGUGAAUAACUGACGAGAAAUUGGGAUUUUAUUAUCAUAGCAACAUCAAGUUGAUCUUUUCUCAUUACCCGUGUACCGAAAAGAUAAACAAUGAUGCCAAAGACUGGUCACCUUUGUGAAGAGUUAAAGUCGUAAAGGGUGAAAGAAGCUAUGUCAUGAUACUUUGAGUCAUUCUUUGUGCUGUGUUAAACUACUGUAAGUUCGUUGAAAUUGAAAAAAAAAUCAACAUGGUUCAUUUGAAACUAAGCGGGAUCAAGGAUAGCGAAUUAUGGAGAACUUCGAGAGAAAUUACAACGGGUGAAAAUGAAAAAUUCAGCUUAAGUUUUCCGUCAGGGCAUACAAAGAGUGAUAGAGUUCCGCGUGUCAAUGCCAUAUUUAGUUCGUUACUGUACUCCUUUCUGGCCUUUCCGUUUAUUGAUUAUUAAUUGCCUGUUUUCCUCAGGAGACGUAGGCAGUCCCGCGGAAGCUACGGGUCAUCUCCAACUCAAGGUGAGGUUACCAAGUUUUAUCCAGCGCAACCUUGCGGUAUUAUUAGUUCGGCCGAUGGCAAUAUGGCCGACAGGCGCAUAAGCCGUAAGAGAAUGCAGGGACUGCACACUGAGCUACCAAGGCUACUGAAUAUGAGGAUUAAAUGGGUUUUUUAUUCGACGUGUAAAGGGAAAAGUGUUAAUGAAAGAUGGAGUAGAUUAAAACGGAUUACGACUCACGAACUUGUAAACUUCCGGAAAAAUUCUUCACGAUGAACAAACCGUGAUCCACCCUACAAUUUCGUGUCUGUGACUCUCCGAGGAAACAGUCGGAAAAGCGAACGGUCUUCUUUGAGCUGUGUAGCAAUAUAUAUAUAUAUAUUUAUUUUUUUAUUUUUUUUUUUUUUGAUUUGAAUGAUUUGAAUAUUGCCCAAAAUUGAUGAAAAGUCUAGAAUAAUAGUUUCCUAACAUAAAAAAGAACUAAAGAGGCAGUGUGAGACUAAGAAGGAAGGAGGGUGGUCUUGAAUGUAGAAGAUUAACUUGGAUUGCAAUUUUAGCAAUAUAGUGAUGUUCUUUUUUCUAACUCUGCAAACCGGGCGGGCCUUAGCUCAUAUGGUCCACGUGAUAAAAAGGAGCGUGAUAGUGGGUGGGUCGAAAAUGACAAAAACCUGUAUCUCUGCUGGAGUUGGGUGUAAACUCUGUAAAUGAGAAUUAUAUUAACAGAGUGACAGAUGUACUGAGUCAUACCUGAAAUAUAUAGGUCAAGUUUGUUUGAAGCAGUAACAAAAUCAUUGAUUUCAGUGUUGAAAUGGCUUGUUCUUCCCAUUCUAACACGAUCACAGUGUUAAAUUCACUCGGGUAUUUUUAUGACAAAAACGGUACCCUUUGUCUCAUGGAUGUAUUUUGGGGGUAAACAGCGCGAUUUUGUGGAGCAAAUGCUCUCCUUCUGCGUGGGUGUCUUCCCUGCCGUUGAGUUUAGGAAAUGUGGGUACACAGGAAAUAUAGGAAGGAAAGAGAUUAGUCAACGAACUUUAAAUAGAAUUUUAGAUUCUGACUGUAACCUUAUUUAGUAGUAUCAGGCGUGAAAAGGCCAUUUGAGAGUUCGGAAAUUGUGGAAUUUCUCCCUUUGAGCGCCUGCCGUUUGCGGUUAUAUAGAAAUGUCUCGGUGAAUUUACCAACAAAUUGACUUGACACGUUAUUUGGGUAAAUCCUCACUGCAUCCUUCGAUACCGUUAGUGUCCAUCUUAUUGCUUAGUGUGGGACCUUAGGUAAGACUUCUGGAAAAUUACCUUUCUGUCUCUCAAUUGCCGUAUCUCUACUCAACAAAGCUAACAUGAAGUCUUUUUUACCCGAUUUCUUAGAAAUGAUUUUUAUCUAAUACUUACCGUGUGUAUUAUUUUUGAGUAGUCAUCUAAAUAUCUUUUUUACCCUUCGGGUAACGCACUCUGCCUAUUUUUGCUUUUAGUUGUGACCUUCGUUCAUCUAUCUUCCUAACACGAUAUUAUUUACUGUGAUUUGAUUGAGAGGGCUCGUGCAAAGUUCAAAUCAUUUGUUCAUGUUUUACACUAUGUACGGGAGGAAUUUCUUGAUGAUCUGUUGGAUAGCAUAACUUUUGCUCAGGAUCUUUUUUUCUUCUUCCCAGAUGCGAGACUAUAACGCGUUAUUUGACUGGCUAGAGAAGUUUAAAUUAACGAUCUACAUCGAUAAUUUUGUAAAAGGUGGAUUCGAUAUGACGAGUGUUCGUGGAAUCACAGCGGAGGUAAGAAACUCGAGAGCUUAUCGUUCCUGCGGAGUCAUCAUUACUCAUUCAAUUGUUAUGAAAAAAGAGAAGUCAUUUAUUUAUCACCUGAUAAAGUGUCGUCACGCAAUGUAAUUUUUGUUACGUUUAUCGCUAAGAUGAUCUUUCUGCUAGGCAUAAGGUAAAAUAUUUGACUGGACUAUUUUUUGGACUAUUUUAUAGGGGGGAAAGCACACCAUUAGUUCUCAGGGAGGGGUGGGAGGCAGAGCGUUAUUACUCAGGGAGAGGUGAGAGACGGACUAUUACUACGCAGGGAGGGGUGGAAGGUGGUUGUAAUAGUAAACACUACUGAUUAAUGGAGCUUUUACUCGAUCGUACAAAUUAUGUUAAUCAGUUUUUCGACUGACUUUUUGUAUGUCAAAAGUUUAGCGCUGAGGCGCGGCUUUUCUUCAUUUUUUUGUCAUGCGAAAGCGAAUCAGAAAUUUGUACAAUCGAGUAAAAGCUCCAUUAACCAGUAGUGUUUACUAUUACAACCACCUCUCACCCCUCCCUGCGUAGUAAUGGUCCGUCUCUCACCCAUCCCCGAGUAAUAACACUCUGCCUCCCACCCCUCUCUCAAUACUGAUAGAUUUCAUCCCACCCCCCCUCAGUAGUAACGGUGUGCUUUCCCCCCCUUUAAAAUGGUGCAAAAAAAAAAAUUAUCCAAAAAAAGGUCCAAAUAAUAGUCCAGUCCAUAUCUUACCCUAUGCCUUUCUGCACGUUUUGAUAAUUUGAGCUUUUUUUUUCGAAACGUGUCACAAAUCAAGCCUUUGAAACUGAGAGGUUUUUUUUCUUUUUAACACUCUACACCGUAACAUCAGUGUGUAUAUUCUCCAUACUGCUCGCCAUACAUUUCUUAUGGUUUUGACAGGGAGAAUUUAUUUAUUACUAGCUAGUCACUCUUAGGGUUGAAGGGUUCAGGAACCAACGGGUUGGUUGUUCGUGUCUUAGUGUACCCUUGGUGCUUUUUCAUGUUUCUUUUUCACACAUUUUCUUUUCCUCUCUAUUUGUCCAGGAUUUGACGGCCAUAAAUGUGAAUAAAACUGGGCACAGGAAAAAAAUUAUGUCGGAGUCCGCAAAACUAGAGGAGACAACGGUGUUCCCGAAGGAAAAACCGGUGAGUAUCUUUCGUUUUGAGAAGAUUACUAAUAAUUUCAACUCAAUCAACGAGACAAUUUGAGGUUUGAAGUUUCUCUGUCAUAAUUUCAAGCUGUUAUUAUCCCACGCAUUUUCUGAGAUCACGCCAUCUUGAAGACAUAAACAAACUGUGAGACAGAUGGUGGGAAUGUUGGAGAGCCUAGAGCCAUUGUGCAUUCGUAUAUAAAAACUCUAGCGACUGUAUGCGUUACUUCUUACACAGGAGGAUAUUAUGACGUGGCUACGUUUGAUUGGUUUAGAACAGUACAUACCUGAGUUCAUGGACGGCGGUUUCGACGACAUGGAUUUUCUUCAGGACAUGACGAUAGAGGACCUUGUGGCCAUCGGAGUCAAGAGACCAGGCCAUCAGAGAAAGAUUUGGAUGGCUGUUAACGCUCUGAAACAUGGAGAUGAAAAUGAAAACAUGCUGGAAAGCGUAGAAGAGGAAUUAACACCGCAGGAUAGGAAAGGUUAUUUAGAGACCUGUUUAGAUGGAGAGGACUCGGGCGUGUCAACAGAUGACGUGGAGGCGUCUGAAAUGAGUACAGAGGAAAACCCAGGGAAUUCUUCUCCUUCUUCUCUUGCAACUAGAGAAAAUACUAUCGAGGAACCGUUUGUGAAGGAUUCUUUGUCAGCAGAGUCUGAAAUUCCUGCAAUAUCAGCAGUUCAGCCUGUGGUAAAGGAGGAAAAAGAAAUUGUUGAUGCAGAACGAGAUCAACAAAGAACUCCUGUUCCGGACGAACCUUGUUCUAAUACCGAUUUGUCACAAUUGAAAGGAAAGGACAGCUUGGAAAACGAAGUGGACUCAUUGAGUUUCCAUGUACAAAAUGUAAUUUCAUUUCCUGACAGUGACGAUGACGAGCCACCUCCCCGCCCUCCCCCUCCAAUGGAGGACAUUGACUUGUGUCUACCUACCGCUGACCUGAAUCAACAUGAAUUUGAAUCAAAUGGCCCUAGUAGGUCCGUUAAAGACUUGGUGUCUAAAGGGAAUAGUAGAGCACGUUCCUUUCCGUUAGACCCCAUUUUCCAGAGACCCAAGAAACCUGCGCCACCUCCUGUCAAACCUAAAAUUGCGAAGAAGCCGCCGCCUCCGAAAGUGCUACCCAAACCUCGAAAGGCUGCAUCCUUCACGGCAGGAUAUGGGGACAAGAGCUCGGGCGAGGAAAGCAUGGGAGACAGAUCACCAACAAAACCCACAUCACCUGAGCCCCGUAAGUACCUUGUGUUAAUCAUUUAAUUCCCAGAAGUGAUAAACAUUUAACUUCUCCCUAUAAUACCCAUACGUUAUUCAGUAAAGAGUUAAUGAGAAUACUCAAACUUAUAAGGAAGAGGUUUUAUCUUGAUCAAACACUGAAUUCUCUAACAGCUAGAGGGGACAAUUAACAAUCAGAUCUUGGGAGUUAAAGGGUUAAUGCAACUUUUAUUGUGUGACAAGUUCUUUGUUCUAUGCAGCCUACCCUUCCCGUACGGGUCGUGUCUUUUGGUGAUUGUGUGCUCCUGUUUUAUUUGCUAAUUUUAUAAUAAUUUGGUGUCAUUUCUUUGUUUUUUUGACGACGUAAUCUGUAACCGUGUGAACAAAAAACGCCUUUACAAGUGUGUGAAACAUUUAAAGGCAGUAAAAUGCAAUGAAGUAGUUUCUUAAAUACCUCUCUUUUUCCAGCUAACAUUUGAAGUGAGCAAACUGUUUUAACAAACUGCAAGUCGUCAACCUGGUUGACUUAACAGUAAAUAAGUACUGUAAACGUGCAUGUUAAGUUCUUAUGUGCUAUUGUCGAUUUCCGGCCAUUGCUUCUCGGUAAACCAUAAACAUUCCGUUUCUGUAGAUUCUCUCGAUUUCAAGAAAUGUUUCGUUCAACCACAUUCGCUCUUUGUAUCCGUUUCGUUACAUCACAUCUCGCUUUAUCCAGAUUUCAUUUUGCCGAAUACUUCUGUUUUCUCGUCAGAAGUGGCUGAAUUCAAGUAAUUCAUCAUACGCUUGGACAACAGCCUCGCUUUUAUGGACACAGGACUUAAUCUCAGCGAAAGGCCCUAUUCCAGAUUAGCUGACACUUAUUUCGGUCUUAAUGACUGUUUUCUUACUAGCGACAGAGUCUAACUAAGGGUCACAAGAACGUUAACAUCUAAGUUAAAAUAAAAACUUGUAGCCUAAGGGAAGUAGUAUGACCAACCAAAUAGGAGUUGGAAAACUCUCACUUUUCAAUUUUCUUUUUACUGAUUCUGCCCAUGAAUCCAGGGCUUAAGAUCUUUUAUGACCUGAAUAGUAAAGUCGCAACCGCAAACAGAAAAGAAAUCCAAUCAGAGUGCCAUUAAUUUGAUUUUCACAAGAUCAGGGAGUCCUGAGCAGCAUCGGUAUAUUUUGCCUUCGAUGAAAUCGGUUUGAUUUUCACUUUAAGCAUCGUAAUCCUCUGCGACGCCACGUCAUAAAAGGUCAACUCUGUGGUUUGAUUCUCCUUAUAUGACGUCAAUCAAUGGUCGACCACUUUGAACAUCAGUAAUUCUGCGAUAUUAUCUUUUUGUCCAUGCAUAGAUAAUACCUCGUCUCUUAUCCGUGGAAUUCUUGUAUUUUGCCUUUUUUGACCGUGAAUUACCUAACCAUGGUUCUCUACAUGUUUUCAGUGAUAAACGUUUUAAAACCUAAAAAAUUUUGUUAAAAAAAUUAUUUAAAGAAACUAAGAAAUAACAGUCGAUUAGAAUAACAAAAGAUCAAACGAAGUUUCUCUUCGUGCUAUUUGCAACGAGUUUUUGAAGCAGAGUUGAAAAUGAAAUUUUUAUUGAAUUGCGAAUGGCUCCAGUGAAAAAAUUCUCGUGCGCUGGUGAUGCAAUUGAUGUCAAUUAAAUUAAUUUAUUGAAUUUUUGUAAUAGAAUCAGUAAUACUUCUAUCAAUUUUUGAAGGACCUGAAGUCCCGUCUUGUUAUCAUAAAUAGUUUUGAAUAAAAGUAUUUGAAUGUUGAAUAUGUGAGCUCAAGAACUUUGAAUAUAUUGUCUUUAUAAUUUGAAGAAUGUCAAUUUUCAUGUCCAAACUUCGAGCAGAGCUCUGCUUUGAAGGAUUUCAAAAUAAAGGUGCUUCACACAGUUUGUGAUAUUCUGUAAGCUCGAAUUCUUUUGACGCAAAAGGAAAACAGGAAAAAAAGUGUAAGACAACUACUAAGUUCAAGAAUUAAAUUAAUUUGUUGUAAAGUACGGUAACACCUAGAAACUGACGCCAAAAUCAUCUUAGAAAAGUCACGUUACCAGUUUUACCACAUCCUGUCACAUGACCAUUCAAGUCACGUGUAUAGUUACUGUCAAUCACGUUACAAUCAGGACGCAGCAGCACUGGUUCCAGUCCCUACAACUGGCCAACGCCUCCCUGCACUCGACAGACCGGAAGCGGAAAUGGAAGCGUACGAUCGCGCAGCAGUAGUAACAGCAGCCAUAGCUCAGUGGACUCUUUGAUCGAAGAGAUUGAAGAAAGAAAAAAGGGCUUUGAAAAACCAGGCAGGAAAAUCAGCGCUGCUGAGCGAUUGAACACAUCACAUGAGUGUACGGAUGGAGCUCGAGAGAGCCAAGCGGAUGCAGCGAGAGGUAAACAACAGCUGCCCAAGAGAUGGGAACCCUGUGUCUCUCUUCCAUACUGGCUGGAUGUAACAUUUAACAUCACUUCACUUCAUCCUCACUCAUAAUAACACAACACAAUAAUUUUUUUUCUAAUCUAAUUUUCUAAUCUGCGAUCAAGAAUAGAAUGCAAUUUCGCUAUGCAGGAAAUAUGUUUUGUGCCCUUGACUUAGGUCAUAAGACAACUCUUAAAUAACUUUUCAAGGCUGUUCUUUACUCCGUUGGUAACAUUGUAACUAAUCAAUUGUCAAACUACACCGGCUAAACCGUGUCUGAUUAACCCUAAUAAAUAAUUUGCUCUCUGUUCUCAAAAACUCUAAGGUACUCAUUCGGUCUUCUAUGCACUAAUGACGUUUCUGUAUUUCGUUUAUGUUUUCUCUUCUCAACUUUGAGAAUGAAGAACAACUGAGAAUGAAGUUUAUGUUCUUAGUUUAUUCUUAUUUGACAAGUUUUCAUUUUCCUUCGUCAAAUUACAAGGUUAUGACUAUUAGGUCUCACCUCCGACAAAAGUUCUCUUCGAGUUUUGCUUUGUUAUUCGAAAACCAAGUUAGAACUGUACGAUGCUUGACUUGUGGGAUGCUUGGUUCGUUAAAAUCUUCGUUAUAGUUUUUUCUUUAGACGGUCAAGUAAUAGGAACAAACAAAUUUAAUACUUUGUGAGAGCUUUUCCGUAAAUUUCGUUGUCACGUUUGUCACGCUUCUCACGGUAAGUCUCGUUUCCAUAGACCAUACCUGAAUAGUGAAAUGUGACCAAGCAUAGUAGUGUUGCUUAAUCAUAAAAUCAUAUCAGUCACACAAUCUGCAACUAUUGGUUUCUUAGUUCUCAAUCGCUGUGAUGAAUUUCUCGUAUCUUUGCAUCCAUUUGAUUUCGUUUAUUAUUUUUCCAGUAGAUAGUAACCUUAAUGAACAAAUCAAACAGAUCCUAAGAAAUCGUUCUGGGGAAGAUCUCUCAAAACCACCAAUCUCAGGUACUUAUCUUAGUCACUUCAACUCUUUUUUUUGUUUUGUUUUUUUAUCAGUUACAUCCGCCUUUUAUCUAAACUAGCGACCUCUUAACCGCUUAGAAAAAAAAUCGUAUCCUUGACUGCAAAAUCGUUUCAUUAAGUUUCGUUUAAAUAAGGAGAAGGCUGAUGCAGAUAUUCCAUUCUCUUUAUCCAAGAUAGUCACUUUUCUUUAAACUCUCUAACUUUGUUUUCUUUACGUUGAUUAUUGAUUUAUGUGUUUUCGUUUGUUUUCUCCUAUCACAGAAUCUUCUGGAUCAUCUUUAACUAUGCAACAUGUUGACAUAAAAACUGAAUCUUCGAACACGAAAACAAACACGAAGGAGCAGGAGUAUGUCUUAUACUUUUUCGUUAUCCCGUGUACUUCUUUAAGCGUUGAAGGCUUCAUACGAGUCCAGCGAGAGUGGACAGUGAGUCUACGACACGCGUGUUUCCCACUAGAGAUCUUGUGACUGCAAGUUUUUCAGUAUGGCCUUGUUCCUGUGUUCCAUAGCUGUCUUAUUUAUCAGGUUCUGUGUUUCUCUCCCUGUCCAUGACUCGCGUGUCCCCUCGAGAGAUCUUCCGACUUCCUGUUGUCCAUUUGCUUGUUGUGCAUUCCACAGCUGUCCUAUUUAUCGGGUUCUCUCCUCUCUUCCCUGCAGAUUGGCUGAAGAUCUUAUGAAGGACAUCAACAGUAUGCUGAGUGAUUUCUCUUCUGAGCUGGAUUCCAUGUUCGAUUGAGCAUCAACUUGUAUUUUAUCAACAACAUGAUGAAAAGGAUUGUUAAGAUUUCCUAGAUACAAUGACUGAGAAGCCGUUUAACAUAUCUGAUAGUGAUGAAGAUAACAGCUUUCGAUUGGCAGUAUGUUCCGCAAUGGAAACCACAAUGUAAUGAUACUAAAACACUGAUCAAAGCAAAGGAAGACGACGACAAAGUUUCUGAUGUGUUCUGGUGUCAAGUCAAUUCAUCUCAUUACUUUACUUUUGGUAUUUUGGUAGCUUGCCAUGCGAAAUUGAUUAUGUUGUAAAAUAGUUUUUAAUAAUUUUCCUAUAUUUCAAAGAAUAGAUUUUUUAUAUCAUUUAAUUCUGUUCUUGAGAGCUGCAGCUUCUUGAUAGUGCAUAUUUAUUUUUGAUAGUCUUUAAUAUAAAAUCUGUUUUUUUCUGGGUAUUUUUAUGGGCCACAUGAUUUAAUUGCCAUCUUUUUUUUUUUUUUAAAUCAUCCAAAUAUUAUUAAGCCAGAAAAUUGGUUUAUUAAUCUUGAGAUUCACUGUUCAUUAGUUUGUAGCAUGUUUGGAGCAAUUUUCAAGGGUAUGCCAAAUUAGUUAUUUUCUCUUGCUGCCAUUGAUCAGAACCACAAAACUGAAACGAGGUAUUUAUAUUAUAGGAAUGUUAUCUUAUUAAAUUUUGAGCUGCAACGUUUAGUCCCUGAUUGAAAUCGAAUCCUAAGAAUCUUUGGGUGGAGCCUUUGACUGGUCCUAGAAAUGAUUUUUUUUUUCCAAAAUUGCAAUCAAAAGGAUCUUAAUGUGCUAAAAAUAUACCCCAAGGAAACAUGUUGUAACUGACUUUAUGUGUUAUGUUAUCGCUAGUAUUGACUGUGACUGUAUACAAGCUCUGAUAGUCGUUCAUGAUAGGAUAUUAAAAUAGACAACAAUUUAGUACAUAUUAUAUAAACAAAUUUGAAUUGGAAGUAUUUUUAUUGUGCUUAGAGGCUCGAUAGGCGAAUGUCUUUUUUUGAUAGAAGUUAUCUAUGGUAACACAGAGGUGGUGUAAUUAUUUUGAAAGAAGUGCACCCUUCUAGAUUUCAGUACGCCAUUUACAUGCUACGAAUUCAAGCAGUAAGUUGUAAGAUGACUUCAAAAAAGUCAAAUCUUUACUCUUCUAUGUAUAAAGUUAUUUUUUAACUCGAUCUGUG